GCCGGCCUGGUCAAGAAAUAGAUGGAGUCGUGCAGUGUAGCAAUAAUUUAAUGGAUAAAAAUAAUUGUGGCAGAUGAAUUGAUUUCCCACACGUUACAAGAAUUUUGAUUAAAUUUGGUGGUAACCAACCUUGAUGAGAAAGGGCCCAUUUUGCAUUGUGCUCCCCUAUUUUACAACACUCCAUGCAGCCAAUUUUGAAUGCUGAAGGCGUCAUGGCCUCAACUUCGGUGAACCAAGUCGACAUAAAAACAAAUCAAUUAUGAUUCCAUAAAUGGCUUCGUCUAAUCGCCCAAUUAUUGAAAACCCUUUUGGGAAGAUUCUCUUUUUCGGAACCCAUUUUGCAGAAACUCUGUAAAAGAUUCAACCUUUAUUUUUUAUUGAUUGUGCGAUGAAAAGUAGGGAGGGACGAUCUUUGGCAGCGACACCCAGCUGGGCCGUCGCCACCGUUAUCUCCCUUUUGGUCAUCAUUGGCUUCUUGCUUCAUGGAGGUUUGAAGAAGUUUGGGAAGUGGUUGGAUAGGACUAAAAGGAAGCAUCUUCUUGCUGCCCUGGACAAAAUCAAAGAAGAGUUGAUGGUAUUUGGGCUCCUCUCACUGUUGAUGGGUCACUGGAUUGCUUUUGUGGCCAAAAUUUGUGUCAAGCCGUCGGCAUUGAUGAGCAGCCGUUUCUAUCCAUGUUCUCCUACUAAAAUUGCUGAAAAUCAAGCUCUUGCUAGACAUGCUGUUGUUUUUAGCUCCAAUCAUUUGAAUUCCUCAAUUUCGCGGUUGUUGUUGGAAGACCCAAAUUAUGAUUAUUGCCCUGAGGAUCGUGAACCAUUCGCUUCAUACGAGAGCCUCGAGCAGCUCCAUCGGUUCUUGUUUGUUUUGGGCGUUACUCAUGUCUCAUAUAGUUUCUUAGCCAUUGCACUAGCCAUGAUCAAGAUCUAUAGCUGGAGGACAUGGGAAAACCAUGCCAAAACAUUGGCUCUUCGAGGCCUUCUAACUGUGGAUACAUCUGCAGAAUCUGAAGAUAUUGGAACAGAUGGUGUGCCAAUAAGGCGCCUAUCAAGUUUCGUUUCUCAUCACACAUCCCAUCCUUGGAGUCGGAACAGACUUCUUGUUUGGCUGCUUUGUUUCAGCCGCCAGUUCUGGAGUUCUAUAAGCCAAGCUGACUAUAUGGCUCUGCGACUGGGCUUCAUUACUACCCAUCAAUUACCUUUCACUUAUGACUUCCAUAAUUACAUGCUUCGGAGCAUGGAGGAAGAGUUUCGAGAUAUUGUUGGCAUUAGUAUCCCACUCUGGAUUUUCGCUAUUACCUGCAUUGUUCUAGGAUUUCAUGUUCAAUCGCAAUCAAUUCUGCUCUUCUGUUACUGCUCUAAGGUGUAUUGUUAUCUGGCAUCAGGAACAAAUAUAUACUUCUGGCUCUCUUUCCUUCCCACCAUUUUGAUCCUUCUACUCGGUACGAAGCUACAUCGCAUAGUUGUAAAGCUGGCCGUUGAAAUCAUGGAGUCGAAUCAGUGGACAGAACUCCGGAUGUUCAAUCUGAGGGACGAGCUCUUCUGGUUUGGCAACCCCAGGCUGCUUCUUCGGUUGAUACAAUUCGUAUCGUUUCAGAAUGCAUUCGAGAUGACCACGUAUCUAUGGUCACUGUGGGAGAUAAAGGCAUCGUCGUGUUACACUGAAGAUCGCACAUUCUUAGUAAUUCGGUUGACAUUUGGGGUGGUGUCCCAGAUCUGGUGCAGCUUCAUCACUUUCCCUCUGUAUGUGAUUGUAGCUCAGAUGGGGUCGAAGUUCAAGAGAACGAUAGUAUCUGAGAAUAUAAGGAAAUCGCUCCAUGGAUGGCGGAGGAAGGUGAGGACUAGGCACGGUCCGGGUCCGGCUGCGCUGUCCUUGGAGGAGGGCGACUCGACUGGAAGCAUGAAACGGAGCUCUGAUGGGAAUGGGUCGUUGAGGCGUGCUCGAGAGAAUGAGGUGUCUACGUCGAACGAGGAGGAGCUUCAGGAUUUGGUUCGUUCGGAAAUUGAAACUGAUGAUGGUGAUGAAGUAAGCGGCGAGGAUCAUCGCAUUGUGAGUGAAGUGAGGUAGAGAUUUUGAUGUUGUAUGUAUGUAGAAGAAGAUAGAUGAAUGAAAGCUCAUGUUUAGGAAAAGCGGAGGGUUGGGGUAUGAAUUUGUAGGGUCCAGAAAUGAAUUGGGGCGACGAGCUUCACAUCAGAAUCAGAAUCAGAAAAAGAAGAAGUUAAUUUUCAGGGAAUCAUGAAGAUUUUGUUAUGAUAUGGUACAAUCUAAAUAGUGUGAACUUUGAAAAUGGCUAUUUUAAAAUAAUAAUAAUAAAAAAUGUUUGAAAAUUUUAAAAUUUAAUUAUAUUUAU